AAAUACGUGACAUAUUAUAUAUAAUUUUGAUUCAGCUGAAAAAUUCGCAUCUAAGUAUAAAUUUAAGAUAAAAUAUUAAUACACUUUAAUAAUGAUACAUUAUGUUCGUUUAUAUCUUUGUUGUUCGUGAGACGAACUCCUGAUCUGCUCCUGUAUUCAUGAGACUGCAAGAGCAGGAGCAAGACCAUAAAAUAUUACAGUUAUAGAUAGAAGAUUAUACUAUUCUCUCGGAUCCAGAUCUCGCUUUACUCUCGUUAUCGUAAGCAUCCUAGAUGUCUCCUGGACAUCUGUGUUGUUAGGGUACUUAUGGCUGCUGCACACAGAACGCGGUAAUGUUUGCCGCGCGGCGGAAGUUUGCGCGACAGCCAAUCAAUAUGCUGCUUUCCGUAAUAACCUUCUAGCUCUUACGGAAAAACAAUAUAUUGAUUGGCUGUCGCGCGGCAAGUAUUACCGCGUCCUGUAUGCAGGAGCCAUAAGAAUAGGUUGGAAUCCUCAAGUAUAAAUAAACAGACAACAUAAUAACUUAAUAGCAAAAUACCUGUAAGGUAAAAUUCCUAUUAAGGUAAAAUUCAACAUAAUUAAAGCAAUUAUGAUAUAAUUGUAGUUAUUGAGUGAGUUUCAGAUGCGCACAUUGACAAACGGACACAUCCAAUCAUAUGUCGUUGUUUAUAGAGUCUCUAGAAUAUCUCUAGGCAUACGGCGUUGUGGGUAGCUGUGUCCGUUUGUCAAUGUGCGCAUCUGGAACAUAGUUAUUCAGAUAAAAUGGAUUACAUAUUUAUUUUAUAUAUGUGGAGUUAAGCAGAAAAAUUGCGCAAUUUUAAAGGUGCCCCGAUAGCACAGAAAAUACUAAAAGAAUUCAAUCGUAAAUUAAUUAAAUAAAGUAAAUAAUUGUCACCAAUUCUGAGUUCAUUUUUAGAUACAAAAAGAAUUCUUUUCACUGAACUGAACUUUGAAGAAUUCUUUUUACAUCUGAAAAUAAACUCAGAAUUGAUGACAUACGACUGAAUUCUUUUUGAAUUCUCUGUGCUAUCUGGGUGGUUUUUAAGGGUAGUUGCAACAUUACAAGCAUCUCUUCUUCUUCAUCUGAAGAAUCAAUUAAUUCACAGUUUCGAGCUAUGUGACGCGCCAUGUUAAGCCAAUGGCACAUAGUGCUUGUUUUCGUGGAUUGCUUGCUGGAUGUAAAUACUCCGUUUUGAUUGGUGCAUUUCAACCUAUCUUCAGAAAUGUACCAAUCAAAAUAGAGUAUUUACAUCCAGCAAACAAUCCAGCACGAAAACAAGCACUGUGUGCUGCUGGCUUUAUUCACUGUCCUGUGACUUUGGGUGCGUUCAGGAGACACAACGGUUACACAACGGUUAAGUAAUUAGUCAAUGGGCGCAUUCAGUAGAAAAAGCGCUCAGUGAGCAAUCAACGAUUAUUGGUUCUUGCUAUUAGAUCCCUAAAUCUAGACCAAUUACAUUGACAAAUUACUCAACAGUUGUGCAACUGUUGAGUCUGCUGAAUGCAGCCAACGUAAUUGGUCUAUUGACCGCUCACUGAUCAGCUGUUUUUUGAACGCAGACGUUCUUUCCUCACUGUCAGGACUUCACGCUCCCCGUUCACAUUCCACACCCGGGUGUAUUCUAUUACUAGAAGUGCUAUAAUAUAUGUAACGUAUACUAUAGUGUUUCUAGUAAUAGAGUGCACCUGGAUGAAGAAUCUGAACGCACCCUACACUGUUCAGUGUAGUGCAAUGCAGUGCUAGUGUAGUGCAGUGCCAAUGCAGUUCAGUGUAGUCCCAAUGCAGAGGAAAAAAACAGACCUAUUGAGCACUGCUGCACUGAAAAAAAACAGCGAUGACGUCAUAAAGUCGCCAUAAUCAUUGGAAAAAACAAUUUAGUGUAUACUGCUUGCACUAGUGCCGCCAGUGUAGAGGAAAAGAACAGACCUCAGACCUAGUGAAUAUUGCAACGCAGCCUACGUAGACUCUAUAUUACAAUAAUAAAUUGUUAUCGACAAAUAUUUUUUGAUAAGAGAGAUUUGAUUAUCGAAGAUAGAACGAAAUUAUACAUACAUGACAGUAAUACGUGACUUUUAAAGUAAUUUUUAAAGUGUAAAGAUUGCAAGAAUAUCAAAUAGCACAAUUUGUCACGAUAAUAAUUUUUAAUAUAUAAUGUCAUUUGCAGUAAAGUGUUGCUAACUUUUAAACUUCUAAACAAAACAAUUAUCUUAUUUAAACAAUUAAGACAUGGAUUCAACUCAACAUGAGACACCUAAAAUAAAAGAAGUAACAGACAAGUCUUGUUUUACGGAAACAUCUAAUUUUUGGAGUAAUUUUACAUCAAUUCCCAAAUUGGAAGACUCAUUGCCUUGUGCAAAUACUGAUGAUAAUGGCAGUGACAAGGAAACAGAAGUUAGUUCCUUUGUAGUAUUAGGAAAGGAUUCAUUGGAUGCUAUUCAAGCCUCUUCUUUAGCUUCAUAUGUUGACAUUCAACAAAAAAGCAUGUCAGUUGAUUAUGACACAAUGGUAUCAUCAUUAGCAACAAAUGAAAUACAUAAGAAACUUGCAGACCUUUUGCAAGAGAAUAUGAAAUUGAAGGAGACCUUAAAACAAAACAAUUUUGCCAUGAAAAGACAACUUAAUACCAUGGUUUUAUGGCAAGAUAUGGUCACAAAACUACAUGAAAAUAAUAUGGAAAAAUUUAAAGAAACUACUACCUUAAUCAAUGAUCUUAAAAAAGAGAAUUUGGAGCUAAAAACUAAACUCUCUACGCAACAAGUUGAAGAUAACAAUUUUGAACCAAUUAUGUAUGGUACACUUUCUGAUUUUGAUAACAGUAAUACUUGGAAAACAGUGCCUCAGGAAUUAGAAGUAUCUGCAUUUAAAAAAGAAACAUGUGCAUUGCCUAAUGAUCACAAGUCUAAGCUCGCUAUGCCACAAACUGAAACAACACAACACAACCUUAAGCCAAUUAACACAAUCUCUAAUCCCAAUUUAACUUUUGAAACUUUACCUCAAAAAGAAGCACAUAUACCUGAAGAGCAAAAAUAUGCACUAUCAAAUAAACAACAGGUUUCUCUAUGCGUUUGCAAGAAUUCAUUUGACUUCCAUACAAAUAUGUGUGAUUGUGAGAAAGAAAAUAAUGCCAAACCAAAGGUAAUAAAAGAAGAAUCACUGUUAGAAAAUUGUGAGAAACAAAUAUGUGAAUAUAACAUAGCUGAAAAUAUUGCAAAAUUUGAAAAGUCAACAGUUGAUCAGAUACGCGAGCUCACUCUUCUUAUUGACAAGUGUAAGAUGAAUCCAGUCUACUGGAAUGAUAAGGAUUACGAAAAUAAUAGAACACGUUAUAACAAUUUAAUAAGUGAAUUGGUCAAAAACUACAUGGAAGUAGUUAAUAAAUGUAUGGCCUUUACAUAUUGCUCAGAUUAUAUGAUAACCAUGUUUGCAGAAAUUGAAAAAGCUAUUAAUGCGCCGACGUUUGAAGAAAAUUUGAAGUUGUUGAAAAAACAAGUUGCAAAACACAAAAUUCGGGCGUUUUUCUACAAUCACUUAGCAUGUUGCAAUAAUGAUAUACAUCGUCUAACUUAUACAUUAUCUGAUGCUCUAAAAAAUGUGCAAGAACACAUUCGUGAUGUAUUUGCGGAUUACUGGGAGAAUGUUAAUAUGAUGUACUUAAUGAUAGACGAAACUUCAAAGAUGAACGAUGCACAUGAUAAUGAUUUUUACAAUAAUUCGCAAAAACAGACUGAAGUGCAACAAAAAUUAAAAAUGUUGGCUAUUCAACAAAGUAAAAUGCAGAAACAAGAAAAAGAACUCGAGGAGAGAAUACAGGAGCUAAAUUUGCAACAACAAUCAUUAAACGAUGAGAGGCACCGUAUGCGCGAAGUAGACAUAUUACGCGAACAACUUAUACGACGCAAGAAUUUAUACGACGGCAAAGUACGCGCUCUGCUAAACGAAAAACUAUUAUUAACGCGAGACCAAAAAAUAGAUUCAACUGACCUGUUACAGAAGUACAGACAAAAGAAUAUGGAAUGUGAAAUAUUACAACGCGAAUUAGAUCAAACCAAAUUAGAAAUCAAUGCGUAUAAAAACCAAAUGUCCGUGUAUGAAGAAGACUUUAAACAAGAGAGAAAGUUAAAAGAGUUAUUACUGGAGGAAAAAAAUAAAUUGGACGCGGAAUUACAAAAGCAAGUAAACUACAACAAACAAUUGACCCAUAAUUUAUCAUCUACUGCUCGUUCAACGUCGGAACGCCUUUCUCAAACUUCAAAUAAAGAAGUAAUGCCACCGUGUCCGAAAUGCGAGAGACAAUUUGCUACGUUACAAAGUUUGACGGAGCAUAUUGAACAAUGCUUGAACUUGAGCUAAUAAGCUACUUAAGCUUAAACUGGAAAUAUCUUAACUCGCGCUAAUUUGCCGAAUAGCCCAUUCGCUAUUGUGGAUUAUGUCGCCAGUACACAUCAUCAUAUCAGUAUCACGGAUUCGGAAGAUGCACACCGUCGUUCGACUGAACUUAAAAGCAGCCUAAGAUUUACAUCUGGAAAUAUAGGAAACAGGAUAAUAUGCGCAUAUCGCACGUGUGAUAAGUUUAUUAACACCCAAAAAUUAUAUUACCUCAAAAGUAAGAUAAAUUGAUUAUGUUUAAGUAGCAUAAUUCUCUUAUAUUUAGUUUAUGAUUUUAUUUUAUUACUCUUAUGAACUAUUUUUCUUUUAAAAUUGCAAUCUAUUUUAAAUCUAAUUUCCUUUUAAAGAUGAAUUCUUUUCGUUCGUAAUAAAUAUCUCUCGAUAUCUAUCCAUAAGAAUGUGAAAUAUUUAACCCUGGUUAAUGCUUGUUUUUUUGACGGCUUGUCUUUAUUUUUUAAACUAUACUCCGUUGGAAUUGCUUCGCCUAUAUGGGCUUUCACGAUUGCCUUCUCCAAUCUAGUAGAGUCCAAGACACGGUAGAGUGAGUACUUUAUACCGCACUCGGCAUGUUCUGAGAACAAAUAAUUAAGUAAGAUUGGCAUAUCCGUCAGAAAAGUGGAUAUUAAUAACCAGCAUUGAAAAAAGAUAUUAGUAAUCCAGGGUUAAAUCAUUUAUAGGAUUAAAUAUUAACAAAAUUUUAAAUACUAUAUUUUGGAUUAGUAUUAGUAGUAGUAAUUGUAAAAGCAAAUGUAGCUAAUAUAAACUCUCCAAAGAUACCUGGGAUGGAUACUCCAUUAUAUCUAUUUGCUGGUUUCUUAGGCUAAUGCCAGCAUCAGUUUAACAGUCCUCAUCAGACAGAACAGAUGAUUUGCUCUAAUUUUUAGUAGAUUCUUGCGUUCUAUGCAGAAGUAACCCAGGAUAUAUUUUGUAUUAACUCUGUUUAUAUUUUUUUCAAAUUCAGAUUAUGCUGAUAUUAGAAUGCAAUCUCAUAUUAGAAUGUUCAAGUUUUUGGAGUGUUCACUUCUUUUAAUGUCUUAUUAUCUAAUGUAUAACAAAAUUUAUACAUAAAAGAAUAUAUAUGUAAUAUUCAACAUGUAAGAUGGUACAUAUUCAUAGUUUAAUCUUAUAUUUAAAAUGUUGACGUCGUAAGUUCAUCUUCAGAUGUUUCAUAACCAAUGAAAAAUUAUUUGUACAUCUAAAAAUAAACUUAAGACAAACUUAAACAUAAAUUAUAGCUGUGAAUACCGAUCAUAAUAAUCUUAUUCACUUAUAUUGUAAGUAAUAUUAAUUGCCGAAAACUUUUAUUAAAUCAGAUCUAAAAUGCUUUUAACAAAGAAUGCUUUUAUUCAAGUUCUCAAGUUUGUCGAAAGUGACAUAAUAUACAAAUAUUUUUAUUUAAUUCUACUACUACUAUUAUUGUUACAGUUCUACUACUAUUAUUGUGUUAUCUAUAACUUUAUAUUAUUGCGUUAUCCACGUCGUAGUACCUGUGUAUACGGCUAUUCGUACAAUGUAUAACAGUAUUAAUAAAUAAAUGCAUUAUUUUCGUAGCUA